AUGAAACCGCAGGAUUCCGCGUCACGUGCUGAUAUGGUGAGAUUUAACCCCGCGAUACGUCGGCGCAAAUCGCGAAUCUCUAGCUUCAACCCACGCCAUCAUGGCUAUUUUAACCCCAAAAGACUGAAUGAUGUCUUCAUCUCUGUGGUUGCCGAGGGCAUCAUUUCGUUUCUUGCAGUCACGGAUCUCAUCGCUCUUCAGGGCGUCUGUCGAUCGCUCCGUGAGGCUGUGAAGAGCCGGCUGGACCACCGAUACAAUAUCAACAUUUUCCUGAAGGAUUUUUUGCAAGAUCCUGGAACUUUCAGGCAUCAGCUUGGUAGAGCAGAUGCUCUAAUCGUUCGUGGGCCUGCCUUGAACUUUCUGGAGUCGCAACAUCGGCAAUUCGAAUAUCUCGAUUUGCUUGUCGAGGAUGGAGACAAAGCGCGAUCUCUAAUAGACUACCUCUGUACCGAGGAAUCCUACUUUGAGUGGGAUUUCAUCCCAAUUUCUUCUCAGCCAGGCAGGUCAGCUGACCAAUCGGAGCUUACCACAAUACUACGCAGAGGAUCUGGGGAAGAGCUGCUCGAGUCGGCAAUACGUGUUCGACGCACAUCCACCUUUCCCAUUCAUGCUCUGCUGGAGAACUGCUGUAUGACUGCGGAGCUGAAUUUUGUGACUUGUAACAAGGCGUUUUCACUUUUCCCCGCGGCAACGCUGGCAAAACACAAGACAUACCCUCUGCGGCCGAUGGAUGACGAGUUCGGCACCCUUCUCAGGGAGUUGUCCUGCCAAGGUUGGACGACACGCGAUAUGCUAUCCUUAGCGUUAGGAGCUCAACCGCCUUACAAGUCUGGACCUAGACGGGUUGGCGAUACGCGCUCUGUGUGCGUAUCGCUUGCUCCACAUAUAGAUUCAGCAGGUUGCACACCCGACUACGUCAUCGAGCAUGCAGCAUUCGAUGUAUCUGUAAAAAUGGAGCAGUCCAGCAAGAAGGGUCCGCUUCAAAUACAUUGGAGCGAGGAAAUGGCGUUGCAUGUGCGCAAGCUAGAUUCGCCGUCACUUUACUAUCAGUUCACAGUAGGCAUCUUUCAGUCCUGGUCUUACUUUGUGAAUAAACGGCUGGAACAUUGGACCAGAAUCGAGAUGUUCAAAAUACCGCGCACAUCACGCUCGUUUUCUGUAACUUCCCGUGGUUUUCUGCCCGAGAUCCGUGGAACUCAGCGACCGCCGGACUGGGAUUAUGCAGACGAUCAGAUUCCAGCGUGGUAUGAGGUAUACCGACAAACCAGCCUGCGGUAA